CCGUUGUUGGCCAAACGCUAAAGAAAGUCCAGAACUUACAAAGGCAUAAACAGCCCCUCCCCCCCCUCUCUCUCUUCUCUUUCUCUCUCAAUCAACGGCUCCUGUAAAGCCCUAGCAUGGCUCCUCCCCCGCCGCCUUCUCAGUUCUGAAGCCACAAGAGACGAAAAACAGAACAAACACCUCCACCAAACAGUUCUAUGUAGAUUGUUUUCGUCAUAUAGUCAUGCGCUGUGACUUGGGAACUUCAGGCUCAAGGGGUCAAAUUGCUUUAGAGAGGACCGAUAUCUCUGCGAGGGUAUCUGAAUUUUGAAAGGAUUUGGUCGGGUGCUGGGUCAUCAAUUGAAGGGGAUAGUGGUUUUAUAUAUUGCUAAUGGCCGAAGACAGCCUCCGGAUUGGUGGGCUUUCUUCUGGUUUGGCUGUAAUAUUGAAUGGUGAGGAUGGUACAGAGAAUUCGUCAAAAACCCGGCUUGUUUCACACUGCGAUGAUUUUUGUCACCAAUCUGUGGAGCGAACUCUUGAAUAUGUAUUUGGUCUACCUAACAAAUCAAUUCGUCCAUUGACCAUACCAGUUGACAGUAAUUUUGUUCGCUCUAUCAUAAAGAAUGAAUUCUCAAACUUCCAUGUGAACUUGGAUUCUUUGAUUAGAAAUAUGAAUGGACUUUGUAUAUAUGAUAAUGGUUGUGGUCCCCAUGUUGUUGUUCUUGAAGAUAUCAGCAUUUGUGGUGAUAUAAGAAUCAUCAAGCCACCGUUGCUUGUAGAGAGUCUAGCAAUGUUCAGUAGUGCUAGGGCUAAUGCCUGUGUUUGGAAAGGGAAAUGGAUGUAUGAGGUUAUUUUAGAAACAUCAGGUAUACAGCAACUUGGAUGGGUAACUCUUUCUUGUCCUUUCACUGACAAUAAGGGUGUAGGUGAUGCUGAAGAUUCAUAUGCAUUUGAUGGAAGGAGGGAGAAGAAAUGGAAUAAGGAAGCUGAGUCAUAUGGUCAGUCGUGGGUUGUUGGUGAUGUCAUUGGAUGCUGCAUAGAUUUGGAUUGUGAUCAGAUCUCUUUCUAUCGAAAUGGUAUCUCACUUGGAGUGGCGUUUCAUGCGAUUCGCAAGAUAAGGCCCGGAUUUGGGUAUUAUCCAGCAAUUUCUCUUUCUCAAGGUGAAAGAUGUGAAUUAAACUUUGGGUCCCGACCAUUUAAGUACCCUAUUGAAGGCUAUCUCCCCAUUCAAUCACCAUCCUCUGUCACUUUAUUUGCUACUCAGUUGCUGAGGUGCUUGUCAAGGCUUUUGGAUAUGCAAAGUAUGGAACGGGAUGAGCAUUAUUCUAUUGAGAAAUUGAGGAGAUUGAGGACACUUGUUUCAUUUGAAGAACUUUUUGAUCCAGUAUCUCAAGGGAUAUGUGAGGAAUUUUUCCAUUUACUUGAAACUGAUGCUGGGAGUGUGGAGUAUAUAGGCUGGGGUCCAUUUCUGUCACUCAUGAUGGAAGUGUUUGGAGUGCAGGCACCACAUGACUAUUCAAGCCUGGAUAAAGCGGUCGAUGUCUUUCUAAAAUUUGAAGGAUCCCAUUUGUUAUUUGAGCACCUGAUAGGUGCCCUUUCAUGUGGCUGCAAAACAAGGUCGUUGGUUCUCACUGAGUGCCCAUAUUCAGGAUCAUAUUCUUAUCUUGCAUUGGCAUGUCAUAUCUUAAGACGGGAAGAAUUGAUGGUGCUGUGGUGGAAGUCAUCAGAUUUUGAAUUCUUGUUUGAAGGAUUUUUGUCACAGAAGUCCCCAAACAAACAGGAUCUUGAAUGCCUAAUGCCUUCUGUAUGGUGGCCUGGUUCAUGUGAAGACGUUUCCCAUGAGAGUGGCAUGAUCUUGACAACUACCGCUUUGUCCAAAGCAAUCAAUAAGAUAGAAGAGAAGCAUAGGGACCUCUGUCGCUUGGUCAUUCAAUUCAUACCGCCUCUAACACCUCCUCAGUUGCCUGGUUCAGUUUUUAGGACAUUUGUACAGAAUCUUUUAUUAAAGAAAAGAGGUGCAGAUCAUAAUGUACUGCCACCUGGAGUUUCAAGCAAUUCUGUUCUUGUUUCUUUGUUCACAGUUAUCCUCCAUUUCCUAUCUGAAGGAUUUGGCAUGAGGGAUAUCUGUGGCUGGUUGAAGAGCUGUGAAAUGGUUGACCUCAAUAUUGGUUUUCUUCACAGGGGUGGUCAGCGAAGUUUUCCUAUGUACUUAUUUUUAAAAAAUGAUCCUCAUCGAACUGACAUAUCUAGGCUUGGAGGAUCAUUCAGUCAUGUAUUGAAUUCAAACCCUUCAAAUAAUGAGGAAGCAGAAGUGAUCAGGUGGGAGGAAGGCUGUAUGGAUGACGAAGAAACCAGAGUUACUCAUUCAACCUGGCAGAAACCAUGUUGCUGUUCAAGUUCAAGUUAUGAUGACUUCACUAGAAUCUCAAAGGAUCCAAUUAGAUAUACAGCUAAAAGUUCUACAGGCCAUUGCAACCAUAUUCCAGAGAGAUCUGCUCAUGUUGCUGCAGAAUGUAGUGCUGGAAGUUUGACUGAUGAGAUAGUGGAUAAACCUAGCUCCAGUGAACAAUCUGAAUCUGAACUUGGUUAUCGCCCAGUCCAACAUGUUGUGAUUGUACCCCAGGAGAAUGGUGUUUCUUCAGCUAUGCUACAAGAAGAAGAACUUCUAGAUGCUUUGCUGCUGUUGUAUCACAUAGGUCUUGCACCAAACUUUAAGCAGGCAUCAUAUUACAUGUCUCAUCAGUCGCAGUCAAUCUCUGUGCUGGAUGAAACUGAUAAACAGAUAAGAGAAGGAACUUGCAGUGAGCAAUUAAAGCGUUUGAAAGAAGCCCGCAAUUGUUAUCGUGAAGAAGUUAUUGAUUUCGUAAGACAUUGUACAUGGUAUCGCAUCUCUCUUUUUUCCCAAUGGAAGCAGAGAGGGAUGUAUGCAAUGUGCAUGUGGAUUGUCCAAUUGCUUCUGGUUCUUAGCAAAGUGGAUUCCUUGUUCUUUUACAUCCCUGAAUUUUAUCUGGAAACUCUGGUUGACUGCUUUCAUGUGUUGCGGAAGAGUGAUCCUCCGUUUGUUGCACCUGCGAUAUUUGUCAAGCAGGGACUUGCUUCAUUUGUUACCUUUGUAGUAGUCCACUUCAAUGACCCAAGGAUAUCAAGUGCAGAUCUUAAGGAUCUUCUCCUCCACUCCAUAUCGGUACUGGUACAGUACAAGGAAUAUUUGGCAGCUUUUGAGAGCAAUGAAGCAGCAAUACACAUCUUGCCAACAGCAUUGAUUUCAGCAUUUGAUCAGAGAUCCUGGAUCCCAGUAACCAACAUUCUUCUGCGAUUAUGUAGGGGUUCUGGAUUUGGUUCUUCCAAGCAUGGGGAAUCAUCAUCAUCUGUGGUUUUCCAGAGAUUGCUACGGGAAGCUUGCAUCAAUGACAAAGAUCUGUUCUCGGCUUUCCUCAACCGCCUAUUUAACACUCUCAGUUGGACAAUGACUGAAUUCUCCGUUUCCAUGCGUGAAAUGCAAGAAAAAUUCCAGGUAUUAGAGUUUCAGCAAAGAAAAUGCAGUGUCAUAUUUGAUCUCUCAUGCAAUCUUACCAGGGUAUUGGAAUUCUGUACCCAUGAAAUCCCUCAAGCAUUCUUGUUGGGGACUGAUACAAAUCUUCGACGGCUAACUGAACUGAUCAUCUUUAUUCUGAACCACAUAACUUCAGCAACAGAUGCUGAGUUUUUUGACUUGCUGCUUAGACGACAUGGUCAUUCUUUAGAAAAAGUUAACAGAGGCAUGAUAUUGGCACCUCUUGUGGGGAUCAUCUUGAAUUUGCUGGAUGCCAGUUCAGGUGCAGAGUGCAGGGAGCACAAUGAUGUUGUGGGUGUCUUUGCAAGCAUGGACUGCCCUAAAACUGUUCAUUGUGGUUUCCAAUAUCUCUUGGAUUACAACUGGGCUGGAUCUUUCCGGGGGGAUGCCUAUCCUGGAAAACUUGGGCAGCUUGAGAACUUUGUGAGCAUCCUUAUCAGCCGGACUGAGUCGCAAGUAGUUGAUAAAAUGGGAUAUGGGGGAGAAACUGAGGAGGAUGAUAACACAUGCUGCAUCUGUUAUACUGGUGAAGCAGAUGCCCGGUUCGUGCCAUGUUCUCACAUAUCUUGUUCUGGCUGCAUAACCAGGCAUCUUUUAAAUUGCCGUAGAUGUUUCUUUUGCAACGCAACAGUCACAGAAGUUGUCAGUAUUACCAAUGAACUGUGAGUUGGUAGGCAAACAGCCAGUUGCCGUUUAAGCUUCAACACGGAACUUGUUGAAAACCAUGGCACACAGGAAACUGCUGUCCGCCUUGGGGAGAGAUUCUGCUCAUUCGCUUGGGAAAAGAGUGAGUUGCUGCAAUUAUAAUUGUGAGUCAUUGGUGCUAUGCUAGUCAAAGUGGUCGGGGGAGAUAUUCUUGUGGAGUUUUAUAGGAAUUUUGUAGGUAAUUAUAGAGCAUUAGUCUGUAAAUAUGAGAUGUAAAUGGCGAGAAAAUCUCUCUCUAAACAUUAUCAGAAAUUUCAGAAAGGUGUCUGAAUCAGUAUGGUUCUUUGCAUGAUGCAUGUAAGAUUUAGAUCCCCUAUAAUUUUGUGGAUCUUAGAGCAGAAUUAGAUGUUAUAGGGUGUAUACACUGUUUCUCUCUCGGAAAUCUACUUAGAAUUUGGACAAAA